AUGGCUGUGCAUCAACAGAGUUUGGCGCACGAAGUGCACAACUUCGUGAAAAACGCCCACAGGCUCAGGGGUGUGCUGUCAGAGACGGAAAGUAUGUUUAAAGACAUCAAUACGUGUGGGAACUUCGACCAAGAUGACACAAGUUGUCUGGGUCAUUGUAAUACAUUUGUUCCAAUCAUUAACUUGCAAGAUCUAGAAGAGCUGAAGGAAUUGCAUGAAGCAGAACCGGAACUGCCUGUAUUCUUUGUCCGGGUACCACCGCCGCUCCCCCUGGACCUGACGGAUGGACCAAGUAGGGUAAAUGGCGUCGGCCCAACCAAUGAAUAUCGUAACAGUAACAGUAAACGUAAUUCCAAGAGAAACUCUGCUGAAUACAAGAUAGGACUGAAUCUUUUCCAGCAGCUUUGUGAUAUAGGUUUCCUUAGUAUGCUUCCAACAUCCACAGAACAGGUGCUCCAAACCCUGAGCUCGUCCACAUCUAGUGGCUCAGGAGAGCACGUUAUCAUGGAGAGCGAAUUGUUGGAGAACUUUGAUCAGUUUACGCCUUCGUUAGUGCAAUACACUCAGCGUGUACUACGGCAGAUGUUAGUGGCCGUUGCCGGGGUGAUGAACCAAAUACAUGGACGCUGCUUGAAAAUGAUUAUCAUGACGGCAUUUGACAUGCAGAGAGACAUGAUGGUGACGCCGCGCAGAUUGGAGUUUGCACGUGAAAAGGAGUGUGAGUUAUACAACUCACUUAUGGACAUUGCCAUGAAGAAGCAGGACGAGAUAAAGACGAUCAUCGCAGAGACAGUUCAGGACAUGAAGGAAAAAUUGGUAGCGAAAGCUGCAGAAUACGAUUUCAUAGGUGUAGACAUCAGUGAUUCCGCAGAGAUUCGUACAGCGCGGGACCUAAAAAUCUGCACGGGGCAGGUAGAAGAGCUGCUGCUAGGAGCCCUGAAUAACGCCAUCGCGGGCAAACUGGUAGAAUCUGUGGAUAUACUACGAGACAGUUAUACAG